UGUUUGACAUUUGCUCAUAUUUUCCUACAUAAUAUAUUUAUCGUAUAUCUUAAAUUUUCUAACUUGAUUUUUAUUGAUAUGGCCUCCGGUGACAACGCGGAAUGUCGGUCAAGACCUCUUUCUCCAGAAAUGCAAGAAAUAGACACUUGUAAUUUUCAUACCCAAAGCAAUGUUACGGAAGGUGUUAUUCCAGAAGCAACAAUAACAUAUGAUUCAAGGGCAAACAAUGAGUGCUUAAAUGAAGUUCAUAAUGAAAAUAAUUUAAAAGAAAGGAUUAAGCAAUGUAGAAAUAUAAUAGAAUCAUUAAAAUUAGAACUUAAUCAAGAAAAGAGCCGUUUGGAAAAAGAUAUUAAAGCUUCACAUGAUGGACAGGAAAUUAAGACCAACUCUGACACAACAAGCUAUCUAGAUGUUCCUUGCUCUCCAGAUUUUUAUACUACUAGUGUGGAGGAUAAAUUAACUUGUGACGAAAAUCUGAUACAAUAUGAAAAGCAAUUACAAAGAUAUCAAAAUACAUUAAAUAUGGCCCAAAUUGAAAAGAAAAAUGCAAUUAGAAAGCACAUGAUAGCAAAAGCUUAUAAACUCAAACUGCUUGAAGUUGAAAAUCAAUGUAAUAUAGAACUUUUACGCGUCAAACAAAGCUUACAAUGUCUGGAACCAUUACAAAUGAUUGCCAGUAAGUGGAAAUCCAACGUCGAUGAUUUCUCUUACGAUUUAAAUAAUUUUGAGCUUAUACCCGCGAUGUAUCCAGAAUUAAACGCACUUUCAGGAAGCGAUGUUUCUUCGUCUGUAGAUGAUGCAGAAAUAAAAAACAAAUCACCCAACAGUCUAAAUGAAUCCGUCUUAUCAGAUUUGUAAUGAGAACUAUAGUUUUUUUGCAAAGUUUACAUCAAAAAUUUCCGAAAAAACGGUGUGAAAAUCAGAAUUCAAUAAAUCAGGCGAACGAGACCUCCACUGUAGACCACACACAUCGAGGCACGCGCUUCGAAUGCUCCUGACUUUUUAUUCUCAGCGCGCGAUCAGCCGUCGUGCUCACUCGGUAUUCGUCGGCAGCCGAUGGGAAGGUCCCAUACAGGCAAACUAUAUCUACCUACAUUCGUUCGUGCGGCCUGUCUCGUUCAGUUAAGAACUUGAAUUUUAUUUUAAUAAGAUUCCAAUUUGUCAAUUAGAGGGCAACGCAUAAACGAAACUGGUUUGACUUCUUUACACCUUUUGACUAAUACUAAUUCUAUAUGGAAUUGUUUGAGUCAUGGUUGAAACCGCAUAUCUGCUAUCCGAAAUUUUUAAUUUUUAAUAGCCAAUAAAAGGUUUCGCGGGUCCUAACAAUCUAUUAUUUCUUAUAUGAUAGUAGCAUGGAAAAUAUUAAAAUUACUGCAUCGCUUCAUUUCCUUAGUUUAAAUAUUUAAUCAAAAUUAAAGUAAUUUGAUUACCAAAUAAGAUAUUUAGUUCAGAUAUACCAUAAAAACUUACACAAGUGUUUCCAUACUCCAUAUCGGUUGCGGUCGUUAAAAAUAUGCAAGGAAUGUUAACCGAGCGCGACCAACUCGAGUUUGUGGAAGGUGGACUCUUCUUUUUAUUGGAUGCAAAAUUGAUUAUAAAAUCUUAAGUUGCUUCGAUAAGGUCAUUUUUGUGAAAAAUUAUAAUUAUUGAAUCU